UUUUGAAAACAAAUUGCCCAGCUAGGUCACCCGUGCGUCGCGUUUGCGCUCGCGUUCCUCUGCUCGGAUCACGUCAAUUUCUCCGCGGUCGCGUGUUUAUUGUGCUCGUGCCUCGGUUUGACGACGGACCGCCGCUACCAACGUCCGAGAGACCUCCGCCAGAUAUGUACUGCUGAACUGAUAUAACGCCAAAUACGCAUAGCAUAUUAUUAUUACAAUUCUGCCAAUAACCAUGACAGACGAUGCGAAAAAAACACAAUCAAACGUCUGCUGUAGUGACAAAGAGCGUGACAACAACAAGCAGUCAUCGACUAUCACCAAGUCGGAUGGCGACCCGGUACAAACGGCACUUGGUGACUUCGGUUGGUGGCAGUUUUGGAUAACGUUCGCCUUGUCCCUGUUGAAGUUUCCGAUUGCUUGGCACCAGUUGGCAAUUAUAUUUUUGGCUGCCAAAUCGCCGUUUCGGUGCGAUGUUGGUGACGGGUCAACAACACUGUUUAACGUGACUGAUAGAUGCAAUUCCCCCGACCCGGUCACGCACGACAUGACACCAUGCCAUAAAUUCGUCUACGAUAGAUCCGUGUUUCAGGAGACCAUAAUCACCGAGUGGGAUUUAGUGUGUGGUAGGUUCCAACUGUCCAAUAUCGCACAAUCGGUGUUCAUGUUGGGCGUACUUAUCGGCAACGUGUUGUUCGGUAUGUUCUCUGACAAAUAUGGUAGAAAAAUACCAAUGAUGUUCGCUAUUGUUUUAUUACUUGUUGCCGGUGUCGGUACGUCGUUAGCUCCUUGGUACGAGCUAUUCCUGCCACUUAGAUUUGCGACCGCGUUAGCCAUUGGAGGUCUAAUGAUUAGUAGCUUCGUUUUAACCAUGGAAGUAGUGGGCGGAAAAUGGCGAACCGUGGUUAGCACUUUGCAUCAUAUCCCUUUCAAUUUGGGUCACAUGAGCAUGGCUCUGAUUUCGUAUUUCAUUAGAAAUUGGAGACAAUUUCAAUUGGCUAUUACACUUCCCUCAUUGUUUUUCUUCACGUACUGGUGGAUAAUACCGGAAAGUCCGCGGUGGCUGUUGGCAGUGGGCAAGGAAAAACAGGCGCGGAAAAUAUUGACUACAGGCGCCUCGCGGAACAACCGGAAGCUGGACGGUGAGUUUGAAAAAUCACUGAUGAACAGCCAGCCGGAAAAGGGCAGUGACGAGAACAAGGGUAAUCUGUUCGACCUAUUUCGUACGCCCAAUCUGCGGAAGAAGACGCUGGCCGUGUUCUUCAAUUGGAUGGUGUGCGGUCUAUGUUUCUAUGGUCUGGCGCAGUAUAUGGGCGAGAUAGGUGGCAACAUAUUCAUCAACGUCGCGUCGUCCGGGCUCAUCGAGUUGCCGGGGGCGUUCCUGUGCAUAUACCUGAUGGAGAAAUUCGGUCGGAGGAACACCUUGCUGUCGGCCAACCUGGUGACGGCCCUGGCCUGCAUACUGAUCACUUUCCUGCCUCAGAAUUCCGAAGUAGAACAUUUCAAGUUCAUAUUAGCGUCGUUGGGCAUAGUUGGAUCAUCGAUAGCUUUUCCAACCAUAUAUCUGUUUAGCGGUGAACUGUUUCCGACCGUGGUGCGCAACGUCGGUGUUGGAUCGGCGUCCAUGUGCGCUAGGAUUGGUUCCGUAAUAGCUCCAUUCGUCUCAUCUCUGGGAGUGUUCAACGUGUACUUGCCACCUAUGAUUUUCGGUACGGUGCCACUGAUGGGCGCUCUACUGUGUUUAUUGUUACCGGAAACGAGAGGCGCACAAUUGCCGGUGACCAUUGAAGACGGAGAACGUUUUGGACUCAAAGUGACAAAAUUACCAACAAAGACUGCGGAAAACGGAGCACACAAUUCAGGAUUCGUAGCCGAUGAGCAAUUGUAAAGAGCAUCAAACAAUUUGUGAAUAUUGUGUUUUAUUUUAUUAUUAUAUUAUAUCAUAUGAAGACAAAUUACGCUGUCGGUUAUACAUCAUCGUCCGUUAUAGAAUAAUAUUAUAUUACACUCAAAGAAAAUAAUGUAAAUAUUGAAUAUUUUAUAACGGUAAAAAAAGGGUAUAAAAGUAUUAUAAUGGCCAACUUCUUUGUGAUUUUUCAUAUUGAUCAAGUACAUUGAUCAAAAACAAAAAAUAAAUUGUAAAAUAGAUAUUUUUUUAUUAAUUAAUAUUGAUAUAUGUACCUAAUCUUUGCCAUUUAUUAUAUUACAUUGUUAUUAAUGUUAUUAUAUAUGCUUGACAAAUAUUUAAUAAAGUAAUUUUAUUAGACGAUUA